AUGGCCCGCCAAAAAGCCCCCAUCAACAAGCGCCCCUUCGCCGGCAAGACGCCCGCGAUCCGGGAGCAGUACGAGCGCUUCCAGAGCCAGACCUCCGCCCGCGCCGACGUCGAGGCCUACCGCCUGCAGACGCCCGGCCACGAGUACCCGAACCUGCCCAAGUGGGUGCAGGCGCAAACACCGUUCACGUCGUUCCAGGACCGCCACGGCCCCGAGGACAUCCUCGGCGAGAGCGCGCACGCCCUGCUGAUCGGCAACCACGCCUCCUUCGACGUCGCGCAGUACAAGCGGGCGCCCGAGCGCGCGGGGAUGUCGAUGGUGCACGUGCUCGCGAUCCCCAAGGCGAGCCUCUUCAACGCCGUGUCCCUCACCCGCGACACCGUGUCCAUCAUCGACGAGAUGAUCGCGCUGUUCCGGCGCGCGUGGGCCGACCGCGGCGUAAGGGACAAGGUGCUCGCGCACCAGCUGGGCCAGAUCAAGGCGCAGCACGCGGCGGAGGCGAACCCGAACGGGUACGGCGUCGCGCUGAAGCACUACCGGGAGCUCGAGCGGACGAUCCACGGGCUGGGGGUCGACGACUUCACGUUCGGGUUCCACCUGUGGCCGGACCAUAGUGUUGGCCACCUGCACAUGCACGUGGUGGCGACGCCGUGCAGGAAGUACAGCACGGAUGCGCACGAUGCGAAGACGAAGGAUGCGCUGGAGGUGCGGGACUUUAUCCUGAGUCUUCCGGAGCCGGAGGCCAAACCGGAAGCUAAGCGUGACCCUGAACUGGAGAACAUUGCGUCCGUGCUUGAGGCUGAGCUUCUGCUUGAAGCUGAAUCUGGAUCUGAGCCUGAGAUUGGGAUCAAGCCUGAAUCUGGCACUGAACCUCACUUUGAACCUGGGCCCAAGUUCGAGCUUGAACAUGAGCUUGAAAAUCGGCCCGAGUCAAGAUAG